GCCACCUUCGCGCUAUCGCAUCGCAUCGCAAUGCAAACAUACCUCUAGGUCACGGUAUCGCACAUUACAAGCCAAAAUUGCAUUCCAACGGGUUUCACGCCGUACCCAAAACUAUCAACUACUACGUCCGGAAUUCAUUAAACCAGCUGUGCCCGACUACUACAACCAAGGAGGCAAAUCUCGAAAGGACAGCGCAUCAAAAUCAGCACCACCCUCAUUUCCCAAAAGAUAGCGACAAGUCGCAUAACAAAACCGCCAAAAUGCCACUAAUAACCACAAUCCACGAAUCCCUCCCAUACAUUGACCCGGAACCCACCCCCUCCGAACGCUCCGCCGCCGAAGCCCUCAUAGCCGCCGAACGCUCUCUCCAUCCCGACGACCCCUUUCACGCCCUCCUCCCCCCUCCACUCACGCCCUCUUCCCAUAUGACCCCCCUCCUCGAAUCCGAAUUCGACCGCAUCGCCUCCCACGUCCAAGCCAACCCCGACGGUACACAAGCCCCGCCACCAAAACUCUCCGCCCUCGACCUAGCCCGCUACUCCUCCCUCCCCGAGAUCCCCUCCGCCUCUGAACUUGCAGGAAUGGACAGCUCCGAAGCCACCACCCUUCUUUCUUCUUUACUUGGAAAAGCCUACACGGACCACGCCUACGUUGCGCAGCGGCGCGCGCACCUAGCUUUGCUGGACGCGUACGGCAAGAACGCGUGGCUGAUUGGCAACUGGCAGCUAGAGGGGGAGCUGAAGGCUAUAGAAAAGGAAUUGGUGGAGGCGAAGAGGGAGAUUGAUCUGGUAACGCUGCAGCGGAAACAGGCGCAGGACGAGGUUGGACCGGAGAUCUUGGGACUGGAGGAUACGUGGAAGAAGGGUGUGGGGAGGGUGUUGGAGACGGAGGCGGCUGUGGAGGGGUUGAGGAGGCAGGUUUUGGAGGUUAGGAGGGGGAUGGAGUAGGGGGUGGCAAUUCAAGAUGGAGAGGAGAUUUUGUGGCUUUGGUUUUGUCCUGGGUUUACAGGCGAGGUACAAAGUGUUUGGCUGUAUAGACACAUGGGGGAAGAAAAGCUCGGUGAAGCAUCAAUCUGCAUCAGAGGAGGGCGUGUCACGAUAGACAACGAAUGAGCUCGACAAGGACCAUGGAAUGAACUGCGAGGUACCUAAUUUGCAAAGAAUCCCCCGGGGGAUAGACAUUGGUAGAGAGGAGAGGCAACACCAAAACAACACAACAAGCACAAUGAAACUCGGUAAUAGAGACCCAUACGGUAUCGAGCAGGUGGAAGACCAGUCUGCAGCCUGCGUUUCGCGGUUCUGGGAACAAAUGGGCGACAAUGAAUG